AAUUUUUCACUUGUGGAAUCAGCCUGAGUAUUUGGUGUUAGAGGUGAUGGCGUUGAUUUAUAAACUUCCACAAAUCAGUGCCCGUAUGGCAAACAUGCUGCUCCUCAUCGUGGUGCUAUUACAGGCUGCUCUGCCCUUCGCCCAAGACCAGUCCAGUAUAUUCUCGCGCGGCUUGGCUAAAUUCUCCAACAACGUGUACACCAAGCUUGUAGCAGACAACCCCAAUGACAACAUCAUUUUCUCACCCUUCUCAAUCCAAACCUGUGCAGCCAUGGCGCGCUUAGGAGCCAGCGGCAGAACAGCAGCCCAAUUGGAUCGCGGUCUUAAUCUGAUUUCCAAUAAUGCGGUAGAGAUUGCGGAGAGUUUCCACAAAGUACUAGCAGCAUUCGAAAAAAGUAGCGUUCUUCGCAUUGCCAACAAAAUCUACAUCAAGACUGGCUAUCAGCUGAGGGAUGAGUUUAGUUCACUAAUCUUCAAAAAGUUUCUAUCCGGUGUCGAGCCUAUAGACUUUACCCAAAAUGAAAAGGCUGCACGUGAAAUUAAUUCCUGGGUGGAACAACGAACCGAAAACCUUAUAAAAGAUCUGAUUUCACCAAGUGAUUUGGAUGAAAAUACGCAAUUGGUGUUGAUCAAUGCAGUACACUUUAAGGGAACCUGGGCCCAUCAAUUCCCAAAGAUUGACACCAGAAAUGAAAAGUUUUAUUUGAACAAUGACAAUAGCAUCAAAGUGCCCAUAAUGACAAUGAGGGAGAGAUUCAGAUAUGCGAAACUAGAUUUUCUUGAUGCCACUGCACUGGAAUUGCCCUACGAAGACUCAGACUGGUGCCUGCUAAUUUUGUUGCCUAAUAGGAAGACUGGUUUGCCACAUCUGGAGAGGAAACUUCGCGGAACUCAGCUUUCUCAAAUUAGGGAAAAACUCUACUUGACCGAAGUAACUGUGAAACUGCCAAAGUUCAAAUCUGAAUUCAAGGUGGAGUUGAAAAACACUUUUGAGCAGCUGGGAAUGUCCGAAAUGUUCUCGGAUAAUGCUGACUUUAGCAGAAUGAUCACAAGUCCGAAGCAGUUAAAAGUGUCGAAUAUCUUUCACAAGGCUGUUAUCGACGUUAAUGAAAGGGGCACUGAGGCAGCUGCAGCCACAUCAAUUGUAGCUACACCUGUCUCAGCACUCGUAAUACCGUGGGCGAAAGAAUUCUUUGCAGACCAUCCAUUCAACUACUAUAUCAUCAAUAAACAGAGUACUGUGCUCUUUGCUGGAAAGCUACUUAAUUUAAUUUUGCACUUCUGGAAUCAACUUGAGUAUUUGGUGUUAGAGGUGAUGGCGUUGAUUUAUAAACUUCCACAAAUCAGUGGCCAUAUAGCAAAAAUGCUGCUCCUGAUCCAGGCCCUAUUACAAGGCCAAGACCAGUCCAAUAUAUUCUCGCGCGGCUUGGCUAAAUUCUCCAACAACGUGUACACCAAGCUUGUAGCAGACAACCCCAAUGACAACAUCAUUUUCUCACCCUUCUCAAUCCAAACCUGUGCAGCCAUGGCGCGCUUAGGAGCCAGCGGCAGAACAGCAGCCCAAUUGGAUCGCGGUCUUAAUCUGAUUUCCAAUAAUGCGGUAGAGAUUGCGGAGAGUUUCCAGAAAGUACUAGCAGCAUUCGAAAAAAGUAGCGUUCUUCGCAUUGCCAACAAAAUCUACAUCAAGACUGGCUAUCAGCUGAGGGAUGAGUUUAGUUCACUAAUCUUCAAAAAGUUUCUAUCCGGUGUCGAGCCUAUAGACUUUACCCAAAAUGAAAAGGCUGCACGUGAAAUUAAUUCCUGGGUGGAACAACGAACCGAAAACCUUAUAAAAGAUCUGAUUUCACCAAGUGCUUUGGAUGAAGAUACGCAAUUGGUGUUGAUCAAUGCGGUACAUUUUAAGGGAACCUGGGCCCAUCAAUUCCGAAAGAUUAACACCAGAAAUGAAAAUUUCUAUUUAAACAAUGACAAUAGCAUCAAAGUACCCAUGAUGAAAUUGACGGAGAGUUUCAGAUAUGCGGAACUAGAUUUUCUUGAUGCCACUGCACUGGAACUGCCCUACAAAGACUCGGACUGGUCCCUGCUGAUUUUGUUGCCUAAUAGGAAGACUGGUUUGCCACAAUUGGAGAGGAAACUUGGCAGAACUCAGCUUUCCCAAAUUAGGAAAGAACUUUACUCGACCGAUGUAAUUGUGAAACUGCCAAAGUUCAAAUCAGAAUUCAAGGUGGAGUUGAAAAACACUUUUGAGCAGCUGGGAAUGUCCGAAAUGUUCUCGAAUAAUGCUGACUUUAGCAGAAUGAUCACAAGUCCGGACCAGUUAAAAGUGUCGAAAAUCUUUCACAAGGCUGUUAUCGACGUCAAUGAAAGGGGCACUGAGGCAGCUGCAGCGACAGCAUUGAUCGUCGAACUUACGAGUCUUCCCAUACCCCCACAGAAGCCGAAAAAUUUCUAUGCGGACCAUCCAUUUAACUACUAUAUCAUCAAUAAUCAGAGUACUGUUCUUUUUGCUGGAAAGCUACUUAAUCCUUAAGGAAAAGGGAAUUUAUAAUAUAAUAUUUAAUCUGAUUAAUAUCAAUAAACGCAAUC